AUGCAGAAGAGGAACAUACGCACUGCCAACUUCGUGGAUGAGGGUGUCUCCAUCGAUAAUUCUUCCAAUGACGCCGUCAACGUCAAGACAAUUCUGUCAAGCACCAGGUUGUGGAAUAUGACCAUAGGAAGGAGAAGCCUAUCCGUGAGGGGCCGCGGGACCCUAGAUGUUGGGAGAGCAAAUUCCUCCCUUCCUGAGCAGCGUUUUCGUGGCCACUGCCCAGAAACGAUAACAAAACACAGAAGGAUACAGUACAAAUUCGCUCGCCGAUUUCGCCAGGGUUGGACCACAAAUUCUCGUCGAUAUGGAAUAUAUAUGGAGUAUAGUGACGAGUCGGAAGGUGUACCCCACAGCGGCAAGGCCAAUUCCCACUCUUGUAGUUUGGUCGUAGAGCUACCUACGGGUAGGAUAGCCUGUAUGGCAAAGAUGGUCCGGGUGACGUACGGGCAUGUGGAGCGCGGCACCCAAACUUCACGUACUUCGACCCUUGAUCAUAAGCCAACAGACAUAGAUAGCUUCAAGUGA